GCAAGACUCGCUCUGGUGCUACUUGUGAUCGCUUUUUCGACCCUACUGUGCAUGUUGCCGGUGCGGUGAGGAAGUCUAGGAUAGGAUUUAACCUUGACGAGAGUGGCGAAUGGACGAAUACAAAGAUUGAGAUGCAAAAACAGGAGGGUGUUGAGCCUCUACCUGCUGUUAUUGAGAAGGAAGAAAAGCUUGAGGCAGACAGUGUACCAACAGCCGCUACACCAGCCAUCUCCCUGGGGGUUAUGGUCACUGACCAUCUUAGAGAGGCCCCACCUACAGUGGAGUGGGUAGACCAGAAUCUGGUCACCAGAUAG